CUGUCUAAGAAGAAAACGGAGAAAUUGCAAUAAUUUCCAGGGAGGUGCAGCACCUUAGAGACAGACCAGCUCCCUGGACACAGUGUAUUUGAACCAUAGAUAAGUCGUUUAAAUACAGAAACAAGGGAUAGGGUCUAAGCAGUCGAUAUGCUGCAGUUCUCUGGUACCUUUGGCUCAGACCCAGAGUUUCUUUUUUAAACGCUUGAAAACAUCUGUACUUGAAAUUGAACUUUAAGCGGAUGCAGAGAAACCGUGAGCAUGGGUUGUGGCACUUGGCUUGUCGUCUGACUGAAUACGAGCAUCAGAUAAUCGCAGCCCGACUUUAACACUGACAAUUAGCGUGGGGAAUUUGUGGCGCAGAGGGAGCCUGAGUCUGGGAGCUGGUGUUUGGAUGUGCUGUGUGGCUGACAGUUGCAAGCUGUCUUUCGGUGCUGAUGUCCGACACUUGGCUAGUCAUCGAUUGCAACAAGUGGCUCAAAGUGAUGUGACGGGCAAUGUCACUGUGCACAUACCCUCGCUAGCCCCUUGCAAUGACAAUGGAAGGAAUCUGGAUUAACAGGUACCGGGUGCAGCUGGUGAGGGCAAUCAGCAGUCCCUUCCUGGAGAAGAUCAUCAGUUACAUGAAGAAGCAGAACUUGAUCAGUGCUGAGGAGGUGAAUCUUAUACAGGAGGCGAGUGGAGUAGCCGAGCAGGUGCAGGCAGCCAUCGAUGUACUGGCCACAAAGGGCAGCAUUGCUUCGGAGUCUCUGCAGAGCUUUAUCGAGACCACAAACUCACAGCUCUAUCUCUCCAUCACCCUUUAUGAGCCGAUGAAGCAGAAACACACUGAGGUGCUGCAGUAUAAGUUGGGCAGUGGCUGUGAUGUCAGGAGCUUGUGCUCGGGCCAUUUGCGGGACAGACUCAGCAACCUGCUGUUGAUCGACGGGCUGACGGACAUCCAGGAGAAGGAGCACGAUGUGAUGCAGAUCGAGGCGACGCGGGGUAUGAAGAGCAGCCUGAAGAAGACUCCGCUCGACAAACUCUUCCUGCCCCUCACUAAAGUCAGCAUCCCGCCCCGCAUCUCGGUGACCGUUGGGGUGGCCGGCAUCGGCAAGAGCACCCUGGUGAAGCUGCUGAUGUACAAAUGGCUGGAGGGGGAAAUGUUCAAGGAUAUCACGUUCAUAUUCCCCUUCACGUUCAGAGAUCUGAACAGCGUUGAGCGGAUUUCCGCAGAGAAGCUGCUCCGACUGACGUUCCCUCACAUCACCGAGACAAGCCAGAUCCUAAACGGGAUGGCUAAGGUCCUGUUGCUGUUUGAUGGGCUGGACGAGUUCCGGCACCCGCUGGAGUUCUCCAAUUCCCAGCCCUGCACCGACCCCAAGAAGGACAUUCAGAUUGAAAACCUGAUCACCAACAUAAUUCGAGGCAAUAUCUUCCCCGAGGCCACAGUGUGGAUCACGUCCCGGCCAGCAGCCGCCAGCCAGAUCCCAGCUGGGCUGGUGGACAGAAUGACAGAGAUUCGAGGCUUUGGAGAGGUGGAAAUUAAAGAAUUCUUGCAGACCCUCUUCGAAGACAGAGUCACGGCCACCAAGGUCUUCACCGAAAUCAAGGCCCAGCAGUCGCUCUACAUCCUAUGCUCGGUGCCCAGUUUCUGCCUGAUUGUCGGCUCCUCCAUCGCCUACUUCCUCAAAGCCAGUGAGUCUCAAAGGAGCGGGGGCUUCCCUAGAACCCUAACGGAAAUCUACACCUACUUCUUCAAGAUGGUCCUAAGCGGAGAUUGGCAGGAAAAGGAGCCGGAGCCCCUGAAGAUUGAGCAAGCCUUCAAUAGCCAGCGGAAGCAGAUCUCCAACCUGAGCAGACUGGCCUUCUACGGGCUGAUCAAGCGUAGGGCUGUCUUCUACGACUCAGACAUGAAGAACCACGGGAUAGACCUGACGUCACUACAGGGCGGUCUCUGCUCCAGGAUCUUCACUAAAGAGGACUUGCACAUGUGCACAACUUACCAAUUCAUUCACAUCAGCAUCCAGGAGUACCUCGCUGCCAUACACUAUUAUAUCGCAGCCAAGAGAGCCAUAUUUGAUCUCUUCACGGACAAUGCCAUGUCCUGGCCAAAGUUAGGCUUUCACAAUCACUUUAAGAAUGCAGUUAGUAAGUCGCUGCUGUCUGAUGAUGGCCACUUGGAUAUAUUUGCGCGCUUCCUCUCGGGGCUGCUCUCACCGGAGGUGAACAAGCUCCUGCAGGGCUUGUUCCUGAUGAAGGAUGAGCACAACGGUUACAGGGGACCUGUCAUCCACCACCUGCAGUGCUGCCUAAACACCGACUACAUCAUCUCCUCCCGGACUGUCAACAUGAUGCACUGCCUGCAGGAGCUGCAGCACCCUGAGGUUGCCAAGGCGGUAGCUGAGGCACUGCGCACCGGCACCCUGGGUGGAAGGCUGACCCCCAUCAACUGCUCGGCUCUGGCCUACCUGCUUCAGGUGUCUGAGGAAUGCAUGGAGGAGACGAACCUCUCCAACUGUCUGAGCUACAACAUCUUCAAAAGCUUACUACCUCGCCUGCUUUACUGCCAGAACCUCAGGCUGGAAAACAACCAAUUCAAGGAUAAUGUGAUGGAUCUGCUGGGGAGCUUGCUGAGUGCCAAAGACUGUCAGAUCCGAAAGAUCAGUUUGGCGGAAAAUUUAAUCAGCAACAAAGGAGCGAAAGCAAUUGCCAGAGCCCUGAUGGUCAACCGAACGCUCAGCACUUUAGACCUCAGAAGUAACUCGAUUGGUCCCAAAGGAGCCAAGGCUUUGGCUGACGCCUUGAAAAUAAACCAGGCUCUGGUGUCUCUGAAUUUGCAGAAUAACUUUGUGGGAGAGGAGGGAGCCAAAUAUACAGCAGACGCUCUUCAUGUGAACCACAAGCUCACUUCCUUGCAUCUCCAGAAAAACUCCAUUGGGCCGGAGGGGGCCAAACGUCUUGCAGCCGCCCUAAAAAUAAACCGGAGUCUGAAAGAGCUGAUCCUCUCCAGUAACUGUGUGGGCGACGUAGGAGCAGCCGCUAUCGCGGAAUCAUUGAAGGUUAAUAACAGCCUCGCAAUCCUCAAUCUCCAGAGCAACUCCAUCAGCAACACUGGGGCCAGUAAACUGACCAAAGCUUUACAACUCAACCAUGGACUCAUCAACCUCAAUCUUCGGGAGAAUUCGAUUGGGCUGCACGGCGCGAAGGAAAUUGCCAAGACUCUACGUGUAAACAAGGCGCUACGCAGUUUGGAUUUAACAGCUAAUCUGUUGCAUGAUGAAGGAACAGCAGCCAUCGCUUUAGCCAUCAAAGAAAACCACACACUGACCUCCCUGCAUCUGCAAUGGAACUUCAUUAGUUUGGAGGCAGCCCGAGCACUGGCCCAGGCUCUGCAAACCAACACUAGUCUGACCAGCCUGGAUCUGCAGGAAAACUCCAUUGGGGAUGAAGGAAUUAUUGCUCUUUCCGGUGCCCUGAAAUGUAAUUCCGUGCUGGACUCACUGUAUCUGCAGGGAACCUCCAUCGGAGUCAGAGGUGCAGAGGCAUUGGCUGAGGCGCUGGCUGUGAACAAAAGCCUCACGACCCUCAACCUUCGUGGGAACGCAAUCGGGGUGGCAGGAGUGAAGGCCAUGGCGAACGGACUGAAAGUCAACCGCGUGCUGAGACAUCUCAAUCUCCAGGAGAACUCCUUGGGCCUGGAUGGAGCGAUGUGCAUCGCGAUCGCCCUGAGCUACAACGAUAGCCUGAGGCACAUCAAUCUUCAAGGCAACAAGAUCGGAGAGUCAGGAGCAAAAGUGAUUGCUGCAGAGAUCAGAAGCAAAUCUCCACAUUGUAGUGUGGAGAUUUGAGGGCAUUCGGACCAGGCUUGGGACCAGGCCAGACUCGUUCCGGGGAGUGAGACAGGCUCAGCGCUGAAGAGUGAGGUCAGGCCCAGUGCCCUGCAGCUAGGCCAAGCUCAUUGGAGUGAAGCCACUGUCACCUUCUCAAGCCUUUAGAGGUCACUAGUGUCUCCUGGUGUUGGAUUUAUUGCCACAUUUUACGUUGAAUGAAUUCAUCUCGUCAGCAACCACAGUGCCUGAGCACUGGUGAGGGGCAGACACCAAUUCUCCCACUGUGAUUGACAACGAAUCAUAGAGUUGUAUAUAGUGUAUUGAAAGGCGCUAUACAAAUGUAAUUUUAUAUUGUAUUUUUUUGUAUUGUAUAUGGGUAAAUAAGCAGUGACUAUUUCAUUAAAUUAACAGCAUUGCUGUUGGGCUUUGUGCUCAGUGCCAGCUCAGAGUAACGUAAGCCAUUCCAUAGCUGGACUGAUGACUCCCGGCCCAUGUAACCAGCCAAGCUAUUUGAGUAGCAUUUCGGUUAUUGGUUCAGGAGAAACAUGUGGGCCCGAACUGGGAGCGUGACCCUGGGUGCGAGCUGACAGACAGAUGUUCAAUCCUUCUCUUGU